AUGGGAGCGGUUGAAGAUGCAGUUGAUGCGGCGGCUAACUUUAUCGGCCCUUUCGUGGACAAAAACCGCAAGUACAGUGCCGACGUUCCUACUGAUACUCUUGUCGAACAAGCGCUUGUUCAUCUCCAGGCCAUCAAUACUGCAGACUUAGCCGCGGAUCCUAAUGCCCCCUACGAUGCAUCGCUCGCUGGUGUUGUUUAUGGUCUCGUGGACCUCAUUACAAUCCUCGCUGUCAUUCCACGUUUGUCUGCUGGUGUUGCAUUCAGCCAACGACCAAGAUCAGUUCUGACCGCUGUAAUCUUCACACCACCAAAUCACAAUUUGGAUGCAUUGGCAACUGUAAUCGAGGUUCUGUUGCCUAUGCUGGAGCAAAAGGGCUCUGGUGUGCAACCGCUAGUGUCCCAGAGGAUCCUUCCGGACAUCAUCUCUGCACUCGUCGAGCUGUCUUACUCUCCUGCUUCGUCCGAGGAAGUAAAGUCCAAGUAUUCAGUAGUAUACGAAAAGAUCAUGAAGGAUACUCCGACUUCUCGACUGCUCCCAAUCUUGACUACGUUUCUCCAGCAGCCUCUUCCUGAUUGGCUAAAACCUGCCAUCGCCUCGGAACUGUCUUCUAUUCCUCUGCGAACACAAGGCGUUCGUCACACCAUCGAGUUUCUCUCACUCUCCUACUUGUCAAAGAAUUCACACGUACCUCAGGGCGCAUCUGGGCCGCAAUCGCAGAUACCCAUUCCCCUAGAAGCUGUUUCGCAAGCUUCAAAACUUCUCGUCUUGCCACCGUCUGGAAUCAGCCAGGAUCAAUGGCUAACAAAGCUUUCACCUCAACUGCUACAUCUUCUAGAUGGUAAUGAGGGUAAGGAACUUAGUCGGGCAGCUGGACAGAUUAUUGCUGGUGGAAUCCUAAGUAAGAAGACAACUGGUGCUCCGGGAACUGUGGGAUGGGACACGUUUGCAAAGCCUUUGUUCCAAGCAAUCUACCCCAAGAAUGUCAGCGCAUCAGGAUCCUUGCAACAUGACACUGGCCAUACCAUAAUACAGGAGAGCAACCUCAAGACAGCAUUGAGACGAAUCAAGACGAUCUUGUCAUCAUACUCUCAUGGCGGACUGAUUAGACGUCUCAUCCAUCCUAUUAUCCUCCCACUUUGGGCCUUACUCAACUAUGCCAAAGACCGCCCCUCGCUAGACAAAGAAUGGAGUAUGCUUCCUAGUCUCAUAUUGUCGCGGUACAUGGAGAUUGCCUGCGAUACAAAACAAAUUGACAAUAUCGCAACCAACCUUUUUUGGGAUGGCGACAAUGCCUGGACGUUUGGGCCUGGGUCUCAAGGCGGCGUCGAGAUUCGCACUCGUUCGAAAGACAAGACUAGAGGGAUAGAUGCUAUAGGCAGCAUCUUUGGACGGAUUAGUGACCUAGAUAAUAGAGUCACCGUUCUCGUCACGCUCCUUACCGAAGCCAAUGUUCCCGAUGACGCAGCUGGCUCCAUCUUCGUGAACGCUACCAAGCGGUGGCUGGUACCAGAGAAGCCCAUGACGAAAUCGCUCACAGACGACGACUCUGACACCGAUCCGUUAUCGGCGCUUAUUGACGCAAAGCUGUCGGAAGCUCUGGCGCAUCGUUUCCAAGAGAAUUUUGCCAGAAGUCCACAGCAUGUCAUCGACCUUAUGGCACAACUGAUAACAAGUCAUGUGAGCGGGCACAAAGCACGAAAGGAGAAGUCAGUCAAGCUGCGUGCAUCCAAGAGAGCGAUGCUGAACAAUAUCGUACCGGAACGUGGUACGAUGAAAGAUCAGGAAGAAGGUGAGGCUAUGGAUGACGACUUGGCGACUUUUGCAUUAAGCAUCCUGAACACGCUACUGGCAUCGCCAGAACUAAAGAGAACGCCCGCAGUGAUGGAAACCGUAAAUGCACUUCUCCCUUCGCUAGCCUAUCUUUCGCAGCCACAGUCGCAGGCCCAGCCGCCCAUAUCGUCUACGAUAAGCAACUCCGCCGCCACGACUCUCCAUCUCAUCGCUCCCACUCCUACAGCCCCAUCUCCAGCAGUAAACCCAACGACUGAUCCACUAGCCGGGCACCGCGAUACCUUGAAAACAUGCCUUGCCGAGCUACAAUCACCCGACCCUCCAAAUCGCACGUGGGCUUUGAACACGGUGCACAAGCUUCUCAAGAACCCGGCUGCGUUUCCCGCCCUCGACAUACCGUCUCUUACACAUACGCUCCUUUCGGCUUCACUAGCAGAUCCAGAGUCCUACGUCCACUUGGCCGCAAUACCCGUUCUCGUUACCUUGGCGAUACGCGCUCCCAAACCUGUAGUCGGCAUACUAGUCGAUGCUUUUAUCGACAUUGACGAGCGAUCGCUAAAGCUAGCGCGAGGUAAGCAGACAGAGGAAAAGGAACGAGAGCUCAGGUACGCCUUGGAUUUCAGACUGCGUGUCGGAGAAGUUCUCAGCACAUUUGUCAGUAGCGGCGACGACUUCUGGAACGCACGCGAAGAUAGUGGACUGCGGUUUCGAUGCGCAAAGCAAGUCGCCGAAGCUUGCCUUUCGCUGGCGAGUCGGCGGGGUCAACGCAACCAAACGCUCUCGGCACGAACCGAAGUUGCGGAAGAUGAGAGGAUGCUCAGAGAGGAAGGCGAGGCUGCUUGGGGUGGACCGAUACCCAACAUUCUUGAGCCUGAGGGCGCGGACCCGCAGGAACAAGCAGAGUAUGAGGCGCUGCAGAAGAUUGUGAGUGGAUGGGAAGACACGGGGAUUGAGGAGGAUGUUCGCAUCCGUGCUUCUGGUCUCAGUGUGCUGUCUGCUGUUCUGGAGCAUCGAAUGGAUGUUUUGCGACAGCCUAUGAUCGAUGCGACUCUGCAGAUGGUGCUAUUGAUUCUUGCCAUGGAAAAGGAAGAAGCUAAAGCUCUGUUGCGGCGCUCGGCUGUGCUUGUCAUCAUGGGCUUGCUACGUGGCGUUGAUGCGGAGAUAGAGAGUGGGCGGGAAGGCACGGUCGGUCUGAAUCUGAAGCAGCAAGAAGAGGUGGAGCGAGUAGUGAAAUGGGUACGGGAUGAAGAUGCAGACGAGCUCGUAAGAGACCAUGCAGCAGGUAUCGUAGAGGGUUUGGAAACGAUGAGGCUCAAGCAGCUGUACAAGAUCAGAGACGAAGGUCUCAGACUAGGACCUGACCUUGGGCUGGAGGGAAACCUCCGCGGACUCAAUGUCCAGCCUCGAGCUGACAAUGAAGAAGGCAAAAAGAAGAUGAUCAUAGAAGAGAUAGAGUGA